GCACUGCGAAGACACGGCGCCGGUCUCCCUAGAAAUUGGCAGGUCGCUCCCUCUCCUCCCGCCCCUGCCCCUCCCUCGCUCCUCCCGUCCCGCAGUUUGAGCCCAGCGGCUCGGUGUGUGUGCGUGUGUCGCAGCUGGCCGGACUCAUGGCCUCGCCGCUGAGGUUCGACGGGCGGGUGGUACUGGUCACCGGCGCGGGGGGAGGAUUGGGCCGAGCCUAUGCCCUGGCUUUUGCAGAAAGAGGAGCAUUAGUUGUUGUGAAUGAUUUAGGAGGGAACAUCAAGGGAGUUGGUAAAGGCUCCUUUGCUGCUGAUAAGGUUGUUGAAGAAAUAAGAAAGAAAGGUGGAAAAGCAGUAGCCAACUAUGAUUCAGUGGAAGCAGGAGGAGAGGGUGUGUGGAAGACAAGCUUUGGAUGCUUUGGAGAAUAG